UUGGAGACAUUUAGCGACUGAUGAAGGAGAAGAUGGCUGGAGCAUCGCUGGUCCUGAUCCGCUGGCUGAGCUUCGUGGCGCUCGCUGCUGCAGAUGAGCUCAACAGAACAGCAGAACCUGGACAGGAUGUGAUUCUGCCGUGUGAAGCUCCUGGUAACGAGGAUCCAGAAGCUGCUGAGUGGAAGAAACAAGAUGAUGAUGAGUGGCUGAUUUAUCUACGACCCAAUCAGUCUGGAUCGUUGAGCUUUGGCUCUUCCUACGAGGACCGGGUGGAUCUGCAGGACAGACAACUGAAAAACGGAAACGCGUCUUUGGUUCUCAGGAAUGUGACAACUAAUGACAGCAAGACGUACGAGUGCAGAGUUGGGAGAAACAGAUCAAUGGAGCUCAUCAGCACCAUCCACCUGGUUGUAGCUUCAUCCCCUGUUCCUCCUCCUCCUCCUGCUACUCCAGGGAAACAGGAUGAAAACGGAGGAGAGAAAAAGGAUGAAAACAUUUAUGCUCUGCUAGUAUUACUUGUUCCUGUAGGUGUAGUUAUUUGUUACAUUUACAUAAAACAUUGUAGGCGUCAGAGGUCAGCAGAGCCCCCUGCUGGACCGCCUCUGGAGCUGCAGGAGCUGGAACAGCCUUUCAGGAAACCUCUGCUUCCUGAAGCUGUAGUUUGUUCCCAGUGAUUUUUUUCAAUAAAAGAUUUUAACUUCA